GGGCGGUGGCGGAUGGCGGCGGGGCGGUUGCGGGAAUGGACGGCGGCGAAGCGGGCGGCGGCGGUGGUGGGGGGCUCCUGCAGCAGAUCCUCAGCCUUCGCCUCGUGCCCCGCGUGGGCAAUGGCACCACCACCUACUCCAGCCCGCUCUCCACCUUCCCAGAGAUGUGGUACGGCGUCUUCCUGUGGGCAGUCGUCUCCUCCCUUGCCUUCCACCUCCCGGCCGCGUUGCUUGCCCUCUUCACGCUCCGGCACCACAAGUACGGCAGGUUCAUGUCCGUGAGCGUCCUGCUGAUGGGCAUCGUGGGACCCAUCACCGCCGGCACCCUCACAAGUGCUGCCAUUGCUGGAGUUUAUAGAGCUGCUGGGAAAAAAAUGAUUCCCUUUGAGGCCCUCAUUUUUGGAGUGGGCCAGACGUUCUGUGUGGUGGUGGUUUCCUUCCUGCGCAUUCUGGCCACUCUGUAGCUCUUCUGGAGAGGCUGGAGAACACAAACCAGAGGGGGAGCAAAGGACCUGCUGCCUCAGAACAAAUCACAGCAGGGAGCACAGCUCCAGCCCUGUGUUUCUUCUGCUGAUUUAAGGAAUUGGGACGGCUUGCUCUUACCUCCAGCCUGGCUUGAAAUUUUAAAAUUGGGAAUUUUGUUACUUUUUGGUAACAUUAAGUGCCAAGUGAAACUUUAUUUCUCUGGAAGGUAGGAAAAUAUCUGCCAGAGGAGGAGACCCGGCUACUUGUCACCAGUGAGUGAUAAAGUGUAGUAACAGGACAUGACUACAAUGGGACACCAGCUGUGUUGGGGUAGGAACAGGACCAGAGUGACGUCUUGUCCUCAGAGCUCGCUCACCACUUCGUUGCUUGGUUUUCAGUGAACCUGAAGCUCUUUUAAUGUCAGUUUUUAAAUUAAAAAAUUGUUUUCUUCCUGGCCCAAACUUCUUAAUACCAGGUCACAGCCAUAGUGGAUUUGGGAGCAGCAGAAGGAGAACUCAUUUUAGAUGGAUGAGAGUGCAAAUUUGUGUCUGGGAGCUCUGGCUGUGAAUGCUGCACAGGGGAAAUGACUGGUAUAAAAUAUAUUUUGUGAAUUUUAUUACAGCAAAGCUCUUCUGACCCUGUGAAUGUUUUGCCCAGAGGCAAAGCAGAGUGGAAUAGGCACUCCAGAAAUUCCAGGUGUGUGUGGGGUGGUGUGCACAGCUCUCCUCAGGCUUUGAAGGAGACUCGUGUUUUCAAAGGACCCUGUUCUCCUUUGACUUGCUGAUGCUGUUCAUGUUGGUGUGCUGGAGCUGGGUGUCUGCACUGAUCUGGAAAUGGCACUGGCCAGCUUGGAUAAAAUCCCUGCUGCUGCUGCUGCUGAGAGCUGCAUGGCCAGGCUGGGCUGUGACUGGGGUGUCCCCAGUGCAGGGACUGUGCCACGUUUUCAGCAUCCAGUGUGCCAGGGGUUGGGAGAGCUGCAAGGCUCCUGGCAGGAGCCUGGGUGAUUCCUGUGUCCCUGUGAACACAGCCCCAAUCAACCCUUCUCCACAGGCAGCAAUGUCUCCUCAUGAAUUGUUUUAGUUUGUUUUGGUUUUAAGUGACUUUUAACAACUGGUAGCUCUGCAUUGUGUCCAGAGUUGUGCUACAUGGCUGGGGCACUUGAGCAGCUUACUGGGUGCUUCCUGGGGCUUGGUUCUUUGGGGAAGCUGAGGUUGAAUUCCAGGGAUGUGGCUGGGCAGUGCAGCCACCCGUAGGGGUUUGUUGUGGUCUGUGUUUGUACCCAGCUCACACGUGUGGGCUGUAGAGGGAAAGCACUGUCUGUGUCCAGCCUUUCAGGGGACAGUUCCCUGAAAGUUCUGUGUCUUCACUGAAUUUCUCUGGUUUCCAAAUCAGUUCCUUUUGUACCUGCAGCAUUUCCUAGGGCCGUUUAUCUACCAUGCCCAUGUGCUGGAAUGACUGGAUGUGGCACUUAAUGCCAUGGUCUGCAUGAUGAGGGGUGACCAGUCAAAGGUUGGACUGGAUCUUAGAGGGCUUUUCUAAACUAAAUUGAUUCUGUGACCCUUCAACAGGUCACUGUGUUUAUCAUGGAAAAGGUUUCUCUAUGCACAGACUCCUCAAGAGUGGUCUGUCGACGGUGGGAGGUGUUUUGCAGGCGCGACUAACUGAGAUGACUCUAAAUUUUAGCCUAUGUUAAUUCAGGGAAUAGAGGUGCACAGUUUAGGAAAUAAUUUAAUGUGAAUCCCUCUCCUUAGGUGGGUGAGGUCCAAGUGGUGUAACAUGUACUAAACCCUGGAUCUGUGGAGAGCCCUGUGUGCUGUGCUGCUUGUAGAGAGCCAGUCUUCCUGCCAGGGCAGAAACAAUGAAAAAGAAGGAAUAAGCUUUCUUUCUUUUCCCCCUUCCCACUUCAUAUUUCAGCAUGUGUACAGAGUGCACAGUUUAAUUUACAGGAGUUAUCCUGUGUUUUCCUGGAUGAAUUAAAAGUAUCUCAUGGAAUUUGAGUGGGUGGGUCUGGCUUAACCUUUCAGGUGACACCAGACACCAAUGUCCUGAGCGCCUGCUGUGCUCUCCUUUACCCUACACUGGUGCCUGGCACCACUCAAUAGCCAUUAAGCUGAUUGCAACUGAGAAAGCACUUUAUCCAUGUGCCCCAUGCUACAGCAAGAGGAGGUGUCCUUGCAGGAACAGGGCUGAGGGGUGCAGGACACAAAUGGGGGUGUUACAGAGCUCAGAACAAGUGAAAAUUGCUCAGUAAAGUCACUCAGUGCUGGGUGAACUGAAAACCUCCCAUUUUCUAUCCCUUGGGAUCUCUGAGAGUCUGUUUUGAGGGGGUUCUGGCCUACUUGAAGAGUUGGCAGCUUGAUCCUGUUUGGAGUAUUUGGAGCUGGCAAUGUCUCUCUAUGCCUGGAUGCUGUGAGAUUUUCAGGGAAUUUUUGCAUAAAAGGUAAACAAUCAGCUGAUUUGUCUUGACAUAGGAGCACAGGAGGCAAGUUCUUUGUGUCACCUUGGUGCUCACAGAGCAUCCUCCACUCUGCUUGCUGCUGUUGGCAACCUCCCUCUCCAGUAAAACCAGAGCUAAACAGGAAGGAGGAGUAGCCUUGAGCUGAAGAACCAGAUGGCAUUUGGAGUGCUGGUGGCAGUUUCCUCCCCUCAUUGCUUUGGCCUUCCCUUUCCAUUCCUUUAUUCCAAGUGAGGCAUAUGGAGGAAUCCCUUCAAUUUUUAUCAGGUAUUGGUAGACUUUGCUCAGACAGACUUGCCAAAAACUGCAAAGAGCUGGCAAAAACAUCAACACUGAGAUGUCCUGGGCUCAGCAGUGCUGUGAGCCUCUGCUGGGGAGCCCAACCAGUGUGCUGGUUAAGGAAACACCUUCUGGAGAAGCUGCCUGCCCUGGAGGAACACCCACUUAUGCUGAGGCUCGUGGCCCUGCUCCCUGUGUGUGACAUCCCCUCUGCCACCCCCAUUCCUCUCGCUCACAGCUGAGGCUGUCAUGAACAAAUCUUUGUAUGAUUGAAAAGUCUGUACAUUUUAUUUUUCUACUGACACACCUAAUCCUGGUGGUGAUUAUCAGUAAAUUCUGUAACUCUUGAGGUGAA